AUGGCUAGCAUCCUUGCUCGGAUGGGUAACAGCCGAAGGCAGAAUCCAGCUUUUCUGCCUUUGGCCCAUUCCAUGCUGAGGGCCCUGGGGAGGAGUCUUGGUCCUUUGAUAGCCAACAUUGCAGAUAGAAACAUGAAGUUGUUCUCUGGGAGGGCAGAGCUGGCCCAGGGGGAAGAAACCUUUGAGAAUUGGCUAAGCCAAGUCCAGGAGGUCCUACCAGACUGGCACAUGUCUGAGGAGGAAAAGGUCAGACGCCUGAUGAGAACCCUUAGGGGCCCUGCCCGGGAGGUCAUGCGUUUGCUCCAGGCUGCCAAUCCCAAUCUAAAUGUGGCAGAAUUUCUGAGGGCAAUGAAACUGGUCUUUGGGGAGUCUGAGAGCAGUGUGACAGUACAUGGUAAAUUUUUAAACACGCUGCAGGCACAUGGAGAGAAACCUUCCCUGUAUAUGAUCCGUUUAGAGGUGCAGCUGCAGAAUGCUAUCCAGGCAGGGGUCCUUGCUGAGAGAGAGGCAAACAGGAUUCGCAUGCACCAGCUCCUUGUAGGGGCUGAGCUCAGUAGGGACCUGCGCAUCAAGCUUAAGGGCCUUCUCCAAAUGCAUGCAUAUGAUGAGCAGGAAAGCCUUCCUGACUUUCUGGAGUUAAUCAGGAUGGUAAGGGAGGAAGAAGAGUGGGAUGACACUUUUCUUCAACAUAAGCGGCCCAGAAGAUCUGAGACAAUAAUGGAGAGGGCCGCCAGCCCUGUAGUAUUUCAGGGCUCCCUGCCUAUAGUGAUCGGCAGCAAUGACUGCAAUGUAAUAGAGAUAGAUGAUUCCCAGGAUGACUCAGAUGAAGAUGUAAUCCUGGUGGAACCUGAGGACCCCCCACUGCCAUCCCCAAGUGCCGCAUCCCUCAGAGGCAGAGCCAUUACACAGGAUGAAAUGAUAACUAUUGAAGGAAAAGACAAUUUUGAUGAUGAGUCUCCUUCCACUAGCAGUGGUUCUGGGCAAAGGAAUAAUGGGCCUGGGGAUCUUCGUAGCACCAGAAAGCGAAAGUACCCAAUCCGCUGCCCCCACUGUGGUGAGGAGGGCCAUGCAAAAGAAACCUGUGACAACACGAGCAACAAGGGCCAGGUUUUUGAGAAUCUGAUAGUCACUCUGCAGGAGCUGACUCAUAUGGAGAGAUCAAAGCCCUCUGCACCAUACUAA